CGAGCCUAUGCUUGGCCCAAAGAAGAAGUAGAAUGCUAGUGGAAGAGGCGGAGAGGUGGACACUGCCUCUUUGGAGAUACACGAAAAUGUUCUUUUCUUGAAAUUAGCAAUCAGCGGGAAAGACAGCGAUGACAUGAGAAGACUCUGGGAGUUCUAGGCCGCUGUAUCUUGCGAAUCACAUUAACGAAGAAAUGGAAAAUUAUGUUAGAUGGACUAGUACAUCCACCUGGGCACGUCAUGGAUUUUGCUUAUUAGUCUUCGCAGAUCCGAUCGUGGUGCAAGCUAGUCUUCGUAGAUCCGAUCGUGGUGCAAGUAAACUCGGCGAUUGGCAUCACUACAGUGGCAUGGACAAUUUGCAAACUCCGUCUCCAUGCUGUAUAUCGAAUCACACAAUGCAACGUCUUGUUGGGUAUAUAGUAACGAAUGAACACCCUCCUGCGAUGUUCGUCCAUGCUCUCCCCAUGGCAGGAGUUCCAAACAUGAACGACAUACGCAAUGCAAAGUAAUCACGCUUCAUGCUGCCAAGAAAACGAAAAAUGCCACCAGCCUACCAGUUCCCGCAACCCAUGCUA